AAGAGUUUGGUCUUAACUGACUUGCCUAGUUAAAUAAAUAAAAAGAUGGCUACGCGGUGUCUUUAACGAAGCGUUCCCUGUCAGCAGAGAAGAAGAGAGAGGAUUCCAUUCGGAGGAAAUCUGUCUCCCUCUAGCAGGGUUUAUACACAUCGUUGGUGUUGGGACGGUGUCUUUUUGACGAAGGUGCAAAACGGAUGUUUGCUACAGCCAGCUGAACAAUAUACAUACGUUCCCAAUAUACCAGCCCCCAGCAGUCUUCACCCAGGAAAAAGAGCACACCGGACAGGCCGCAAUGUCUUCUGGUAAAGCAGACCGCUAUCUCACCCAGCCACGAGACUCCAAUACCCUCACCCAGACAUGCAGCUCCAACAUCCAGAAGAUCACACAGAACACUGCCAAGAUAAAGAGCAUGGUGAAUCAGCUGGGGACGGAACAAGACACCAGCGAACUGAGGGACGGUCUGCAGCAGAUACAGCACUUCACAAACCAGCUGGCCAAGGAGACCAACAAGCACCUGAAAGACCUGGGCUUCGUCUCACCAUCUUCAGCACCUUCAGAGCAGAGGCAACAGAAGAUCCAGAAGGACCGACUGAUGAAUGAUUUCUCCGCUGCCCUCAACAACUUCCAGGCCGUACAGCGGCAGGCAGCACAGAAGGAGAAGGAGUCUGUGGCCAGAGCCCGAGCUGGUUCCCGUCUCUCAGCUGAAGAUGGUGUCUCUGAGGAACAGCUUGUGUCUUUUGAUAACCAAGAUGAUUGGGCUCCGACAAUCACACAGACAGAGGAGGCCAUAACAGAAGAGGACUUGGUGCUUAUCAAGGAGAGAGAGACUAACAUCAGACAGCUAGAGUCGGACAUCUUGGAUGUGAACCAGAUCUUCAAGGACCUGGCAGUGAUGAUCCAUGAUCAGGGAGAGAUGAUUGACAGCAUAGAGGCCAACGUGGAGAGUGCCGAGGUCCACGUAGACCGAGGGACAGAACAGCUUCAGAGAGGCGCCUACUUCCAGCAAAAGUCCCGUAAGAAGAUUUGCAUCUUGGCCGUGGUCCUGUCCAUAGUACUGACCAUACUAGGCAUCAUCAUCUGGCAAGCCACCCAAUGAGAAGAGACUACACCAAACCUUCUUCUUUAUUCGUUUUGACCCCCAACCUGAAACACUAGCCCCUGGAGCGGUUUGAGAAAGGGAUUCCCGGCUAGCUCACUGCUGGCAGGGGUCAGGGGAGUGGCAUUAGGGGCAAAGGGAUGGGUCUGAGAUGUAACCUUACCUUUUACCUGACCACCCCCCCCCCCCCCCUCCUGAGCUCAAGGCCUCCCGCUAACCUCCUCUCUGAGACAAGGCGGUAGUAUUUCUAUUCAAAUGAAGGAGAGUAUUGGAGAGCGUGGAUUAAUAAAAAGAGACUGUUAUCUGUUUGUGAUAUUACUGCACUAACACAAACAUACAUUGUAUUUACAAAAGCAGAAUAAUUGUUAUCAUUGUAAGGGUGUCAAUGAUUUUUGUAACCUGUACAUUCCUGACACCUUUUUUGUGUGUAAGCAGUUUAGUGUCCCACUCCGUUCAAGUUAUAGGAGAGGUUUCCCCCAACACACAUUAAACCUCGACUAAAAUACAUUUUUUUGAUGGAGAUUCUCCAUUGAGCUUGUUUUGUUGUCGUCCAGGACUAGCCUUAAUCUGUGUUGAGGAAACCACCUCGUAGUCUUUAUAUUGCUUAGGUGAGAUGAAGUUCUGAUUAGCAACUUUGUUUUAUCGAACUUUAUACAUGAUAAUAACAAACUAUGGUUGUAAUAAAUACAUGUAAUAACACCGUUGCAUGAGCCAA